GCGCGGAGCUUUUGACCUUGCCUCGUCCUGAGCCGUCGUCCUACUUGCUCCGCUCCAGCUAUGGCGCCCAGGAAGUUCUUCGUGGGGGGGAACUGGAAGAUGAACGGCGACAAGAAGAGCCUGGGCGAGCUCAUCCACACCCUCAACGGCGGCAAGAUCCCCGCCGAGACCGAGGUGGUUUGUGGAGCCCCUUCCAUCUACCUUGACUUCACCCGUCAGAAACUAGAUGCAAAGAUCGGGGUUGCAGCACAGAACUGUUACAAGGUGCCAAAGGGAGCAUUCACAGGAGAGAUUAGCCCAGCCAUGAUUAAAGAUGUUGGAGCUACCUGGGUUAUCCUUGGCCACUCAGAGAGAAGGCAUGUUUUUGGAGAGUCUGAUGAGCUGAUUGGACAGAAAGUGGCUCACGCCCUGGCUGAGGGUCUUGGUGUGAUUGCCUGCAUUGGAGAGAAACUGGAUGAGAGAGAAGCUGGCAUCACAGAGAAAGUGGUUUUUGAACAGACCAAAGCUAUUGCUGAUAAUGUGAAGGACUGGAGCAAGGUAGUUUUGGCUUAUGAGCCAGUUUGGGCUAUUGGAACUGGUAAAACAGCGACUCCCCAGCAGGCCCAGGAAGUUCAUGAGAAGCUGAGGGGCUGGCUAAAAACUCAUGUGUCUGAAGCUGUUGCUCAGUCAACUCGAAUCAUUUAUGGAGGUUCAGUGACUGGAGCCAACUGCAAGGAGCUAGCUUCCCAACAUGACUUGGAUGGCUUUCUUGUUGGUGGAGCUUCCCUCAAGCCUGAAUUCUUGGAUAUUAUCAACGCAAAACACUGAACCAGUCCCUAAGGCCCAUGGGGAGAAAUUUCUCCUUCCUGUCCCUGAGGAGAAAAAGAAACUAAGACAACUUCCCAUGCACACCCUUCCCUGCCAUUGCCUCACCCAAGACUCUUUCCCCUCUUGCUGUAACAGUUUCUACCAUGCUGCUAAACAGUCACUGGACUGGAUUCUGAUUGAUGUGGGAGAGCCUUUCUCUAAAGAGGCAGGGUUUUAAUAGACUCUGCCUUGGUUUGGCAAAACUGGGUGGACUCAUGGCGGGGCUGUCUGCUAGAUUUGCCUAUGUGUCCCAUAAAUCAAUCAGAGUCCAGUGUCAGUCUGCCCAUCCCCACUCCCCUGUUCUCUGCAGUGCUGCAUUGAGGUGGUCGCUUGUGCUGAGGCAUAGAGCAGAGGAGUGCUGCCUCGUGCAUCAGCUGGGAUCUUGUGCUGACCAAUUGGAAGGAAAGCUGGGUAGGCCUUGUGGGGGCUUAGAUCAUUGUGAGAUGUCCUGUCUCUUGUGUUUCCCUUCACCAACAAUAAACAGAAACAAGUAGAAAUGAA